AUAUAUUAUAGGGCAUGGGUAUAACAAUUUAAAAUACCGUAAUAAUUUAGGCUACCUAUAUAUCUAAUAUACGCAUUGUCAUAAUAAUGUAACUAAUAAGUAAUAAGUACCGUAAAAUCAGGUAACUCCAAACUUACGGGGUAAAUUCGGAAAAAACAAUUUUUAGUUUAUAUAAAUUUAUAUUGGAUCUUUUUGAUAAGGGCAUAUUGGUAAAUUGAGAACAUUGUUACAAAAUAUUAUAUAAGUUAGUUGUUAGUAUUUUGAACAAAAAAACUACAUUGGCCGACAUUUCCUAUCUACAAUUUAUAUUGAUAUUAUCAAGGUAAACGAAUUAGCUAUAGGUAUAUUCAAAAUACUCUAUUUUUUAAUUCAAAACUGACAAUAGUCACAAUGCAUUGUGUGUUAAUUUUAUUGAAGCAUGGUUUUUUCAAUAAAUUUGUUAUUUUGUAGGUACACUAUAAAUGGGUAUCAAUACAAUUUAAAAAAAAUCUAAGAAGUAUUUUUUUGAGAAGUUUAAAAAAGUGGUGCUUUGUGUGUAAUUUCGGACACCAUUGAUUAAGUGCGUAAUAAUAAAUACAAAUUGUAUUUAGUUCUUUUGUGAUAUAAUAACAAUUAGUAUUUCUUAAAUUGUUUAGUUAUUUAAUUCAAAAUGUUUUUUUUAAAGAUUGCGGGAUCAACAAAUCUAUUUUUAUUUAAUUUUAAUUUUAUAUUAAUUAGAAUUUUUCCAUUUAUCUUAUUAAAAAGUAUUUAACAAAAUAAUUUAUUGUUCAACAUCAAUAAAUAGUUUUUAAAGAAAGUGAAAUAUACCCCAAGCAGAGGUAACCGCUAUAAUAAUAACAUCGUUUUUCUAUGAAUUUAUAUGGGUGUCCGUGGGUGUUAACCCAUUCUGCGGUUAACUCCGGUUGAUCUUGAACUUUAUAUAAAAGUUCAAAUAUAAUGCUUAGGAGCUAAUAAUUAUUUUCUUGCAUGUAUUGGCUGUAUUAAACGUAUUUUACAGAAUUCUAGAUUCAUUAUUUUCGGAAAUAUUCGAAAAAAAUAUCAAAUUCUGUCCGGAGUAUGGUAAUAACUAGGGCUGUGAAUUCAUAGGAAAGUGCAUUUUUUUUUGGUGAUUGUAAAACAUAGCUUUGUGAGUACAUAAUUUGAAUUAUGUAAUAACGAAUCCAUCUACGAAACUUUUAUUUUGCAUAUUUUUGCAUUUUUUGACGUUUUUAAUUUUUAGGUCAUUUUUUCCCAUUUUUAGGUCAUAUUUUGCUUUUUUAGUUCAUUUUCUAGUAUUUUUAAUCAAAUUCCGUCAAUUGACUUGUUUGAAAACAUUUUUUUUUUAUUUUACACGGGCUGUAUAUAUUAUGUCAAAUUUAUAUUUUAUUAAAUAAUAUUUUACACAAGUCACACGCUAUAUACGGGUUAGGUAAAGUUAACGAUUCGAUAAAAUAAGGCAAUUGCUAGACAACUAGAUAACUUAGAUAAGUUAUUGUGGCAUAUCGUAUAUCAGUCACGAAUUUCCAGAUUAAGUUAUUAGUAGGUAUUUCAGUAUAAUAUCGUUUAGUACCUAUUCGGCGGGAUUGGUAAAUUGGGUCCCAUAUGACCUUAUCUCGGUAAAUUGGGUCCCGGAAAAAAAAGGUAGUAGCCAGUAGGUGUAAGUUGAGUCCCGAAUAAAAAAACGUUGUAGGUAAGUUGAGUCCCGGAAAAAAAUAUAUAAAUUAAAGUAUAUGUGGUUUUUAUUAUAUUAUGUUCUAAAUAAAUAAUAUAUGGUAUAAAUGAUUAAAAAAUUGUGUACCGGGAAAAAAAUGUCAAUACGCUAAUUAAUAUUAUAGUACGUAAAAUUUUACAAUAUAAAUCGUGAGUGUACAGUGAAGUGUGUUAACAGUAAAAUGCCGAAAUCAAAACCGCUUUUCUCGUCAACAUUACGAAAGUACGUCAAUGAAUUUGGCGGUGAUAUUUUUAGUACGGAUGGUACAAUAUUAUACUAUAAUUUUUGGCAUUUUAUAUUCUUUUUUUUGCAUUUUAAGUGCAUAUUUUAUUGCAUAUUUUUGACAUUUUUUAAGGUUUUUUUAGUGCAUUAAAUUCACAGCCCUAUUGAUAAAAUUAUAACACAAACAUUGUAAAGAAGGGUACCCAUAAAAUAAAUUUCUGGUUUUAUUAAGCUAUAUUAUGGAUUUUGAGUAUACAGGGAGAAAUGUGUAAGUUAUGUUCGGUUGGGUAUUUUAUUAUAAAGGUGUUUUAUGCCCAUCACCCAUACAUUUAUUUAUCAAGUGUAAAUUCCACUGCACACUAGUAUCCACAAUAUAAAAUAAAUACAUUAAAAGUACCUACACAUAGUUCGUCAAAAAUAGUAACAAUAUUGUGAUAUUUUCAUACAAGUGACAUAUUAAAUAAAUUAUACAAAUAUUCUACAUUUUUUGCCCCAACUUGAGGUAUAAUAUUAUUAUAUCAAUAACGUCUUUAGAAAAAUUAACGUGCUCGAAAUUCUAAUGCUGCGGGCCGACGAGAACGAUAAACAUAUAUUACUGGCCGGCUAGUAGUAAUACACGUCGUCGUCGUCUGGGAGAUUUUCUCGGAGAUCGGUCUCUGUGUUGGACGAUUUGUAUUUAGCUCAUUAGCAAUUCUCGAUUAAAUCCCAACAUACACGUAUACAUAUUAUCUUCGCUCAAACAAAAGAUGGCAACUAACUAUUAUAACAUCGACGCUGUAAACGUCAUAUUGCUUGAAAUCUUAGAAGACAUUGUUGUCAACAUUAUGGAUGGCACUUACGCUGACGAAACAGACGAAUAUCUCGUGGGUUUAGUUACCCUUCUUCUGUCUGCCAUUGAUUCGGGCGCUACUACUGCGAGUGGCGACGAUCAGACCCCGGAGUCGGAGCCUGAAGGACAAAAUCCGAUUCUUGGAGGCGCAGAUGGACAGGAGUUCGACGAAGACGCCGAGGAGUCCGUCUCCUUGCACAGUGAUGGAUUGCCGAGCGGCGACGCGCUGUCAUCUGCAGCAGAGUCGGAGCUUGCUCCGAUCCCAGAGGCAGCACCACUCGGCAACAACAACACUGUCCAGGAAGACGACAAUUCGAAAAUUUCGGAAGCAGAAGAGGACCAUUCUGUAUUGUUGGCGAGCAGCUGUACGUCGUCGUGUGGGGACGCGCCGUCCUCGGAGUCGGGGCCUGUCGAUUCCACUCCAACUCCUGAGGGCGGACCGCUCGACGACGUGUUGCGUACAGAAGACGUGUUGGAUGAGAAAAUUGAGCCGGUCAGGGGUAUAGUUGUAAAAAAUAGUCUUGGUGAGCUGGUCGGUUGGCUGGACCCGGCGGCAGCACCCGGAAAAAUCGAUCCACCUCGUAAGAGGUGGAAAAGCGUGAGACGCUUUUUCCGGGCUCUGUGCUGCUGUCGAUGAGAACCCGUCCGCAGCUCACCCCUUGGCCGUAGACGACGGGCAGGAUGACGGUGACACAUAGGAGGGGAGGAUGUGAGAAAGAGCAUGGACGGUGCGCGGCGGUAAGUCGCCCACGCACGUUCUCCGGUCACCCGCGGCGCGACGGGUUGUUCGCGGGCGUAGCGCGCUCGGUCGUCUUUGACGCGCGAGACCCUCUGGCGGCUCGGCGAGCGCCCGGCUGCAGUUACGGUCACGUGGAGCGGCGGCGGCGACGACACGGCGGCUAGUAGUAGAGGUACCGGCGCGGGCAACGAUUCCGCCCCGACGGUACACCGACGAUGACGACGGCGAUGGUGACUCGGUACGACGGCAGCGGCGGAGACCUUGGCAUGGGGUGAGUGGUAUGGAGAUUUGCGUGCUAGGAACACGGGGACGUCAGCGUCGCUGGAUCCAAGGAAACUUAACCCGCGGCGGCGGAACGAAGAAGCGGCCGAAGGGACAACGCCAGGGCGAAAAUUACCGAGAGUUGAGGAUCGCGCUGCGGUCCGCUGACUCUCGCCUUUUCGCCCCGCGGUAAUCCCACAUUGGCCGCUUCGCUCGUCCUCGCCGGUUCCGCAGCACAAAAUUUCGAUUCACUCGCUCCGUGUCUUGGUCUUCGCCGUCCGUCGGCAGAGUCAUCGCGCCGUCGACCGUCAACGCGCACAACAUCGCGCACUAUAGCCGCCGUUCGUCGCCGACAUCCGUGGUCGCUCUGCGGCCGUAUCGGUUUGGCCUCGCCGGCUGGGCAAGGUCGUCAAGCGUCCGAGCAAACGCGCCCGCGACAUACUCGGCAACCCGCGGGACAGGUCGUGAGAACGUGCAGAGGUGACCACUGACCAGUAGCCAAUAACAUUGCAUAUAUCCGCACCAAAAUUCGCCAUCUUGCAUCCUCUCCCCCUUGUUGAUUGUGUCCCGACCUCCUGCCCGACGUAUUUUUUUUUCCUUUUAUUUCUUUAAAUUUUUUCAAAUUGUCUAAUUGUUCAUAUAUUGUAAAUUUCGAUUUUUUUUUCUUAUUCUCGGCCCUUUUAAUAUUAUGAACAUUUAUUAUAUUAUUGAUAGCCAAUGUGCUAAUUUUUUUCAAUAAAUAUACUAUUGUUUAUACAUUUUUGUAUUAUUUUUUGUUUUUGUUAUUAAUAAACAAAUUUUGUGAAAACAAAAAAAUAUUGUUUCUUUUUUUUUAUUUUGUCGAGUGUAUACCUAAUCAAUUGUUACAGAUUUAACGACUAAAAAAUCGUUAAAAUAUAUAAUUUAAAUAAAAAAAAUCGUUAGUUAAUUAUACAGAGUAUAAACGUUACGCUACGGAUAUUAUGAUAUGUACCAAGAAAUAUUUAAGCCAUCAAACACUAAAGGCGACGAAAACUGUUGAAUAAAUCAUAAAAUAACGCAUUACACCGCGGCGGGAACGACAUGGACAGUUUUAUAAACUAUACUAUACGAAGGUUCUAAAUAACAAUAUAAUUUUAAAAAAGGUGGAUAAGUGGAUGUCGCUCUGCUGUACAGUAGGUUACAAGUGGGUCACUGUAAUGGAUGGUGUUAAAUUCGAAUUUUUUUAAAUAUGUUUCAGGUGAAUAGCAUUAACUUAAUGCAAACGUAAAUUCAAAUUCAAUCAACAUUUUUAUUAUUUUUUUUUUUUUUUAAUUAACACUUUUUUGUACUAAUGUUUAAUAUCCUGUACUCAGUAUUAAUAUAAAUAUAAAAACUAAAUUAAAAACCAUUUUUAAUAAAUUUUAUACUAUAAUUUUUGGCAUUUUAUAUUCCUUUUUUUUGCAUUUUAAGUGCAUAUUUUGCAUUUUAAGUGCAUAUUUUGCAUUUUAUGUGCAUAUUUUAUUGCAUAUUUUUGACAUUUUUUAAGGUUUUUUAGUGCAUUAAAUUCACAGCCCUAGUAAUAACUAAUAAUUGUAGGUAUAAGUAAUACGCACUAAUACUAUUCAACAAUUUAACAGUCAAUACAGAUAGGUACCAUUCUGGAGAUAAGGUUCUAGUUCUUAUAAUUCAUAACUUAUAAAACUAUAGAAAUGUGUUUUUUUAAAACCCUCAAUCCUAUAGGCGGAAAUCCAAUAAAAUUUUAGGGUGGCUAUACCGUUUUUAACAUAAUGUGAGCUGCUCCUUCGCUCUCACACAACUAAAAAGCUGUCUGGGUUUUUUUG